UUCCUGAGAUAAGGUUUUUACUGUUCAUAGCUUAUCUUGCAAUUUAAAGUAAUGCUUCAAGAUCAAGUGUUCAGUUUUCAAUUAAUUUCUCAAGAAAUUAGAUGAAAGUGACAAAGUGAAAUAAUAAAAGAAAAUGGGAGAAAUUGCUGCAAGUUUUCUCCAUACGGGGGAUAUCAUUUCCCUGUAUGCAGAGGGAAAUGUUUCGGGAUUUCUUUCCACAUUAGGAUUGGUUGAUGACCGUUGUGUUGUUUGCCCGGAGGCCGGUGACCUCGCAAAUGUUCCAAAAAAGUUUCGCGACUGUCUUUUCAGGAUUUGCCCGAUGAACAGGUACGCGUCUCAGAAACAGUUCUGGGACGCGGCAAAGAAGAGCACGGACCGGACCGACCCCGUCCUUCUUAGACGUCUUCAUCAUGCUGCAGAGGUGGAGAAGAAACAGAAUGAAUCAGAAAACAAAAAAUGUCUCGGAUCUGUUAUCCAGUAUGGAAACGUGAUACAGCUUCUUCACUUGAAAUCCAACAAAUAUCUGACGGUUAAUAAACGUUUACCUGCUUUACUAGAGAAGAAUGCUAUGAGGGUAUAUCUAGACCCAGCUGGGAAUGAAGGAUCAUGGUUUUAUAUUUUCCCUUUCUACAAGCUGAGAUCGAACGGAGACAGUGUCGUUGUUGGAGAUCGAGUUAUUUUGACUCCUGUCAAUGCCGGACAACAGGUUUUACACGUUGGAGCUAACUAUGAGUUGUUGGACAACCCCGGAUGUAAAGAGGUGAAUGUUGUGAAUGCGCAGACUUGUUGGAAGAUUUCUCUGUUCCUCGAGCACCAGGAGAACGUGGAGGAUAUUCUCAAGGGUGGAGAUGUUGUUCGUCUUUUCCACGCCGAGCAGGAGAAGUUCCUGACGAUGGACGAGUACAAGAGAAGACAGGCUGUGUUCCUGAGGUUAACUGCUAGAACAUCGGCAACUGCCGCUACUAGUAGUAAGGCGUUGUGGGAGGUUGAAGUUGUACAGCAUGACCCCUGUAGAGGCGGUGCAGGGCAUUGGAACUCAAUGUUUAGGUUUAAACACCUGGCUACGGGGCACUAUCCCAGCAAACAAAAACUCGAGUUAAAAUCGAGUAAAACUCGACUUUUGCCUUCCAGAAGUGGAGUUUUAAUCGAGUUUAGAAGUGGAGUUUUAAUCGGCUAUAGUCGUGCCAUACAAGGAUGAAAACUCGACUUUUCA